AUGUCAGCUCAAGGAAAUAAGACUGGCCAAGUCCAGGCUCAGGUCGAUGAAGUUGUAGGAAUCAUGCAAAACAAUAUCGAGAAAGUCAUGCAGCGGGGUGAAAAGCUCGAAUCUCUUCAAAACAAGACUGAUGAUUUGCAACAAGGUGCUUUGCAAUUCAAGAGAGGUGCUACCAAAGUUCGUCGACAAAUGUGGUGGAAGGACUUGAAAUUGAAGAUCAUUAUCGCCGUCAUUGUUAUCGUCAUUCUUAUAAUAAUCAUUGUUCCUAUUGCCAACGCUCUCAAGCCCGCCGCAUCCAACUAA